ACCAUAUUCCUCAACUCGUGAAUUUAGCCAAAGAUAAUGUAAUGAAUGAUCGACCGGAACUUUUGGAGUCCCAAAGAGUGUUAUUUGUACUUGGAGAUGGCAGAAAAGGAUAUUCGGAAGAGGCGUCUUAUGAUUGCAUCCAUGUUGGAGCUGCCGCUGAAAAGUUACCUCAGGAUUUGAUUGAUCAACUAAAAUCUCCCGGACGGAUAUUUAUUCCAGUGGGAAAUCAUAACCAACAUAUUUAUCAAAUUGAUAAAGAUAGUGAUGGAAACGUCACGAAGAAAUCUUUAAUGGGUGUCAUG